AUGGGGUCCCAAACCAGCACCACUAGGCAGCACGCCUUCAGCGACACUUACCGCAGCGGCAUACCUGGAAUAGGCCCGCUGCAGACCGGAGAAGCAGCAGCAGAAGAGCUUUCUCUGACUUAUGGGCCCUCCACCCAUGGGGGCCCCCUGGGGGCCUCCUUUGCUGCUUCCCCCCGGGGGGACCUGCAGCUCUAUGGCCGGGGGCCCCCCGACCCCAAACACUCUUCCGACGAAGAAGACCUCAUUCCCUGCGUCUUCACGUGGACGCACGGGGGCCACGUGGUAUACUUGACGGGCUCUUUCAACAACUGGAGUGUUGAAAACAAAUUCAGAUUGAACAGAAGUGGCCACGAGUUUUCUUACAUUCAAAACCUCAAGAGAGGCGUGCACUACUACAAGUUCAUCGUUGACGACCAGUGGCGGUACGCCCCAGACCAACAAACACAAACUGACGAACACGGAAAUGUAAAUAACGUUUUAGACAUUUCAGGGUUUAGACAUUUGCAGUUCAAGACUGUUUCCGAGGCCGAGCAGGCGCGCGACGCUCCGUACCACCAGUGCGUGCCGGAGCCUUCUGAAUAUGCCUCAGACGCUCCGCCAAUUCCUACACUGUUGACAAAAUGCGCAGUCUCCGCAGUGGAGCCUCCCCCCCGUCCGAACUUUCCAGUGCACUGCCUCGCCAACCAUUUAUUCCACGACUCCCACGCCCCGCAUGUCUUUGGUCCCCAGAUUUCUUGCGUCGCCAGCACUCAGCGCUGGCGCAUCGACAACAACAAACCCACUGCAGGACAGCGCUACGCAACUUACAUUUAUUUAACAAUAAACCCUCUUUACCCUUUUCCGGUGUCUGGGGAGACAGCAGCAGAAGAAGCCGCAGCAAACUUGCCUGCUGCUGCUGCUGCUGCUCUAAACCCUCUGCGGGACUUCAUUGUGCUGCCAAGCCCGACGCCCGAUUUAAACCCUCGCCCAAACCCUAAUUUAGGGUUUGAGCAAAAACCCCGGCCGGUCUCCCCUGCCUCUCAAGGAGACUCAGAAAAAACAAAAGAAGAGACAGAAGCAGCAGCAGACUCUCCCAAGAGACAAGACGAGCUGAGCCCACCAGCAGCAGCAGCAGCAGCAGCAGCAGAUGGCGCUGCUGCUGCUACUGCUGCUGCUGCUGCUGCUGAGGCCCCAAACGCCGCAGCGUAG